AUAUCUGUUUCCUUUCAGCAUCUCAAGAAGAAAGAUCUGUUUUGCAUAAAAAUAAGUGAUUUCCAGAGGACAGCCCCAAUGACAGAACUCUCUGCACAUUUACCCCAGUUCCAGCAUGGGCAGCUGACAGAAAACUUCCCUGACAACCACCUCAGCAGCACAGUGUUACUGACUUUUUAGCUUCAGAAUUUUCACUUUUAACUAUGUCUGAGGAAAGUGAAGAGUCUGUUCCUUUGCUUCCGCUUCAGCAAGAGUCCAUGGCCUCUGCUCUGUUUAAUACUGAUCAGAAUGAGAGCAGUGAAAGACGGCGCCGUGAUAAUAGUGAGCGCAGAAGAAAUGACAACCCUGAGUCAGAGACCAAUGGGCAGCCGCAAAACAACAUUCAGCAAGUGGUGGAACAGGAUGAAGAAGAAGAUGAGGAGCUGACACUGAAAUAUGGGGCAAAACAUGUGAUUAUGUUGUUUGUACCUGUCACACUUUGCAUGGUGGUCGUUGUUGCAACCAUCAAGUCUGUCAGCUUUUAUACACGCAAGGAUGGACAGCUCAUCUACACUCCUUUCACAGAAGAGACGGAGACAGUGGGACAGAGAGCCCUGAAUUCAAUUCUCAACGCUGCCAUCAUGAUCAGCGUCAUCAUUGUCAUGACCAUUCUUUUGGUUGUGCUUUACAAAUACAGGUGCUAUAAGGUGAUCCAUGGCUGGCUUAUCAUUUCUUCUCUUUUGCUGCUUUUCUUUUUCUCAUUCAUCUACCUGGGUGAAGUUUUUAAGACAUAUAAUGUUGCGAUGGACUACAUCACGCUGGCACUCAUGAUCUGGAACUUUGGUGUUGUGGGAAUGAUUUGUAUUCAUUGGAAAGGUCCACUUCGGCUCCAGCAAGCAUAUCUCAUUAUGAUAAGCGCUCUCAUGGCCUUGGUGUUCAUUAAGUACCUUCCUGAAUGGACUGCGUGGCUUAUCCUGGCUGUCAUUUCAGUGUAUGAUUUGGUUGCUGUCUUAUGUCCUAAAGGUCCUCUUCGUAUGCUAGUUGAAACAGCUCAAGAGAGAAAUGAAACUCUCUUCCCAGCACUUAUUUACUCCUCCACAAUGGUAUGGCUAGUGAACAUGGCUGAAGAAGAUCCAGAAGCCCAGCGAAAAGCUUCCAAAAACUCCACUUAUGAUAAACAAGCUCCAGCAAACCGGGCUCCGAAUGAAGAUGCUGAAGCAGAUGAUGGUGGCUUUAGUCAGGAAUGGCAGCAACAAAGGGACAGUAGAAUAGGACCCAUUGAAUCAACACCUGAAUCACGUGCUGCUGUUCAGGCUUUACCCAGUAACUCUCAAACCAGUGAAGACCCCGAAGAACGAGGAGUAAAGCUAGGUUUAGGAGACUUCAUUUUCUACAGUGUCCUGGUUGGCAAAGCCUCUGCAACAGCAAGUGGGGACUGGAAUACAACUUUAGCAUGUUUUGUAGCCAUAUUAAUUGGUCUGUGCCUUACACUUCUGCUUCUUGCCAUCUUUAAGAAGGCCUUACCAGCUCUUCCAAUCUCCAUAACCUUUGGGCUAGUUUUUUACUUUGCCACAGAUAACUUGGUGCAGCCUUUUAUGGACCAGCUAGCAUUCCAUCAGUUUUAUAUCUAGCACACUUGAUGCUCGUAUUCUACGGAUAUUUGUGUUUGUAGCAAAUCUGGGAGGAGGAAAAUGUUUUUCCCUGAGUCCUCAAGUGAAACUGAAGUUUAAUACUCAAGAUUCUGAGCCUGAAUCAUUACAACUUCCUCCCAUUUUCCUGAAACUGCUGCUGCACUGGGCACCAUAUGAUUUUUUUCCUGUGUGAACGUGAUUUCUUCUUGAUGACUGGUCUAAACUGGGUGCUGUUAUGUCAGAAGCAAUCUGAUAUACAUAUCUCUGGUAAGGACCACCUGUGUGAAAAUUGCUAAUGUUUCCACCAGCAAUGUGCUCUCUCACCACAAGUUGAUUAUUUUCCACAGCAUUAAGGGUGCUCAGGACUUCCUUGACAUUAACAGAGGAAGCUUGACGAAUCAAAUGGAACUUGGCUCUAAACCAUUUGAAGAGAGAGAACCCAAAUUAAACUCCUUCAGCAGUGAUUUUUAACAGCUGAGUCCUGACUGUGCUUUUUGUCAUGAGAAAGGAUUUUGCAUUGUAGCAAAACAGCAAAGGGAGAAACUCACUCUGAAAGGGUACUUCACCACUUCAUAGCCUCUGUGCCUAAGUGUGCUUGGUUUAGUAACUUUAAAAGCUUUUUUUCACACUGGAACUAGAGCCUUUUCUUAGUUUUAAUACCUUGCAUUCUCACACGUGGAGUGCACUUUCUGUAGAGCUGCUCCGGUUUAUGUAGCUACUUAGACUUGGACAAAAUCAUUUGGCAUAAGAGGAUCAUGGGUUCUAAUUUGGAUCUUUGAUCCUAAAAGUUUAGGGAACUACAUUAAAAGGCAAUUUCAGGACUUAUUCUUUGCGUUCUUGCAAAUCAUUUUGCCAGAACACUAGUUCAAACCCUGCAUUUGAAAAUAGCCACUAACGGCUCAGACUGCAUUGUUAAGGUUCAAAUUCCUUUUAUUGGCGAUCUUACAAAAGAAGCAGACACUCACAGCAGUUCCAGUUGGAGUUGAACCUGCCAGAUCUAAAGGCUAAAGUGAUAUUAGUAACAUUUCUAAUGUUUCUUUCAAAGUUUUCCCUUCAAAAACAUAGGUGACGGGAUGUACUCUACAGCAAAUUAAAAUGUGGGAAUGCUCUUUCUAAGCAAAGUUCUGUUGACCUUGCUAUUGUGUUGAUCUGAAGUCUUGAUCACUCAACCUUCUAACACCUCAGGUUGGGCAGGUAUUUUUUUUCAUGCAGUAACUUUAUUGGUAAGAAUUUCUUAAGUUAGGUGAGACAUUACUUAAUGUUACCAAGGAAUACAGUCUGUGGCCCUCUUUAAUUACCUCUCCUGUGAGGAACAGAAGACUGGAGAAAUGAACAAUGACUCAAAAUCACUGAAACAAAGAUACGGGUUUUUGAUCUUCCUACAAGAAAAAAUCGACUCUGACCUUAAAACUGCUAAACUCUGUUUUGUUCUUUAUGUGCGAGAACUUGUUUAUGAAUAAUUGCUUGGAAAUGAGAUUUAUGUGAGGUGAAGUUGGUUUUGCCAUAGACUCUUAGUCUGUUUUUUUCUGAACGAAGCACAGGGGAUGGAUACUUUUGAUGGGCAUUCCACUUUACUUGCAUCUGGUACUGGAGUCCUUGCCAAAUAGAACAACUGUCAAAAUCCCAAAGCAAACUCCUUUUGCCCUUUUCAUGGGGCUUUGUUUCAGUGCCUAUAGAUUCAAAGGACUGAGACCUCACAGAUGCUCUCAAACCAUUGCCCAAGUAAUGGAAUAAAGAGUGCAAUGUAUAAAUCUGCUUUAAAACCAAGAAAGGUUUACCUUUUUUUGGUUGUCUUUGGAAAGAUCUCUGUAUUGUCCAGUAUGAUGUGCUAACUGUAGUGUUAGCAUCUACGUCUGCAUAAAAUAAGAUAUACUGUCUUUUCUCCUUAAAGUACUUUAUUCAUCUCAUGUGUAUGCUAAUUCAUUGUGGAUAGCAUUAAUAAAGUAAUCGUAUCACAAUUGCU